AUGGCAAAGCGCUGGAGUGCCUUGUCUUUAGUGGCACUAACACUGCUAGGGUGCUUAGUUGGCACCAACGUUGACGCUCAGGAAUCAGGCUGGCAGAAGUCUGCACCACAGAUGUCAAAAGGUUUUGCACCUCCGCAGUCACCACAGAUCCUCCCUCCACCACCAAAGGCUCCUCAAUAUCCUCAGGUGCCACAGGUCCAACCUCCUCCACCGAAGAGGGCUCCUCAAUAUCCUCAGGUGCCACAGGUCCAACCUCCUCCACCGAAGCAGGUUCCUCAGCACUCGCAGAUACCACAGGUCCAACCUCCGCCACCACAGAGGGCUCCUCAGUACUCUCAGACACCACAAAUCCAACCUCCUCCACCGCAGAAGGUUCCUCAGUACUCUCAGACACCACAGCUCCAACCUCCUCCACCGCAGAGGGUUCCUCAGUACUCUCAAAAGCCACAGGUUCAACCUCCUCCACCGCAGAGGGUUCCUCAGUACUCUCAGACACCGCAGGUCCAACCUCAUCCACCGCAGAAGGUUCCUCAGUACUCUCAGACACCGCAGGUCCAACCUCCUCCACCGCAGAAGGUUCCUCAGUACUCUCAGACACCGCAGGUCCAACCUCCUCCACCGCAGAAGGUUCCUCAGUACUCUCAGACACUGCAGGUCCAACCUCCUCCACCACAGAAGGUUCCUCAGUACUCUCAGACACCGCAGGUCCAACCUCCUCCACCGCAGAAGGUUCCUCAGUACUUUCAAAAGCCACAGGUCCAACCUCCUCCACCGCAGAAGGUUCCUCAGUACUCUCAGACACCGCAGGUCCAACCUCCUCCACCGCAGAGGGUUCCUCAGUACUCUCAGACACCGGAGCUCCAACCUCCUCCACCGCAGAGGGUUCCUCAGUACUCUCAGACACCACAGGUCCAACCUCCUCCACCGCAGAAGGUUCCUCAGUACUCUCAGACACCACAGCUCCAACCUCCUCCACCGCAGAGGGUUCCUCAGUACUCUCAAAAGCCACAGGUUCAACCUCCUCCACUGCAGAGGGUUCCUCAGUACUCUCAAAAGCCACAGGUUCAACCUCCUCCACUGCAGAGGGUUCCUCAGUACUCUCAAAAGCCACAGCCCAGUGCACCAAAGCAGCCUUCUUUCCAGAGUUGUGAGGUGGCCGAGAGCCAGAGAGUCCCAUGUGGAUCUUCUGAUAUUUCUGCUGCUGCAUGUGAAGCGAUUAGCUGCUGCUUUGACGGUCGACAGUGCUACUUUGGAAAAGCAGUGACCGUCCAGUGCACCAAGGAUGCCCAGUUUAUUGUGGUAGUGGCCAGAGAUGCCACUCUGCCCAACAUUGAUCUCGAGUCAAUCUCACUGUUGGGACAAGGUCAAGGCUGUACACAUGUUGACUCCAAUUCAGAGUUUUCCAUCUACCAAUUUCCUGUAACUGCCUGUGGCUCUCUUGUCAUGGAGGAGCCUGGUGUUAUAAUCUAUGAGAACAGCAUGUUUUCCUCAUAUGAAGUUGCGGUUGGGCCUCUUGGAGCUAUUACCAGAGACAGCAGCUAUGAGUACAUCGGCACUUCUGUUGAAACUGUGGUUGUAGAAGUACCGCUAUCACCAGAUCCUCCUCUACCAGUUGCCGCUCUGGGACCCAUCAGAGUACACCUGAGGUUGGCUAACGGGCAAUGCCAUACAAAGGGUUGUAAUGAAGUGGAUGCGGCCUAUAGCUCAUUCUACAUUGAGACAGACUACCCUGUGUCCAAAGUACUGAGGGACCCUGUCUAUGUGGAGGUUCGGCUCCUUGAAAGGACAGAUCCCAACCUUGUCCUGACUCUUGGUCGCUGUUGGACAACCACAAGCCCCAACCCUCACAGUCUGCCCCAGUGGGACAUUCUGAUUGAUGGGUGUCCAUACAGGGAUGAUCGCUACUUGUCCAUACCAGUUCCAGUUGGUCCCUCCGCUGGUCUGGACUUCCCAAGUCAUUACAGGCGUUUCAUUUUUAAAAUGUUUACCUUUGUGGACCCCAGUUCAAUGCAACCCCUGAAGGAACUGGUGUACAUUCACUGCAGUACAGCUGUUUGCUCUGCUGCACCGGGCCACUCCUGUGAACCAUCAUGCUUCAGAAAAAAGAGAGAUGUCAAGGCUGUGUACCAGGAGACGUCUGAGCCGAAGGUUGUGGUUUCUGUUGGACCUGUGAUCAUGGGUGCACCAAAGCAGUAA